AUGAGUUUCUUAUCUUUUCCGGAAUACAAUGGUUCUUGUCAUCCUGAUGAUUGGCUUCGUAACUUUAAAUUUGUUGCAGCCUUUCUCGGAAGGAUAUCAUCAGAAUCAGAAUCUGAACUAGUUAAUCUUGCACUCUUAAAAAUUAGUCGUUCAAUAUACAAUGAUAAAAAUAUUCAAAUUUCAAAUUUUUCGCAACUUAUUGAAUUCCUUAAAGCAGACCCCUCAUUUAAAAUUUUCAAAACCAAUUCUGAACAAAAACUCUCAGCUUUAAAAUUUACAUAUUUAACUAAUGUACAAGACUUUAUCAUUGAACUACGGCAAUUGUUAUCUGAUGCAGAAAUUUUUGAUCUUAAAUUACAAAAACAAUCUAUAUUAAAAAUUUUACCUAUUAAAUUAUUCGCAGACUCUUUUAGUUUAAAAAUUGCAGAAUCCCAAAGUAUUAAUGAAGUUUUUAUAAAUCUUCAAAAUUUUCUAUUUCAAUAUAACCGAGUAGUUAAGUAUGGAUCAGUAAUCACUUUACGCCAUAUUGAUACUGGAAAACUAUUAUCAAGCUCACUUGAAAGAUAUACAGGAGGAUCAAAACAAUAUUGGGUUUGUAUUAAGUUUUAA